CUACUUAUUCCGCGGUAUCUCAGUCUGCAGCCGCCCUGUCUCUCUGCCUCACGAUACGGCCACCACUGUGAAACCGCUAUACGGCUCUGGUCGCAUCUCCCCUCCUUUUUCAGGGCAUCUCUCAGUUCUUUCCAUAGCGUCACGCCGGGAGCCUUAAUUCCUCCAAAUUCUUUCCAUCCUAACAAACCCUAAGUUGAACGAUGGGAUCAUUGAAGAGGAAGGCUGUCGAGGAGUCAUCGGGGGAGGAAAUUUUUCUUGCGCAGAAGCAACAAAGAGAGGAUGAGUCAGUGGCCUGCGUGCACGACGUGUCCUAUCCAGAAGACUGGGUUCCUCCUCCAUCAUCUUCUGCUCAAAGGGACUCUACACCUGCCAAGGAGUUCCCUUUUACCCUUGAUCCUUUCCAGACUGAGGCCAUCAAGUGCCUCGAAAACAACGAGUCUGUUAUGGUUUCGGCACAUACAUCAGCCGGUAAAACUGUAGUAGCAUUAUAUGCUAUAGCCAUGUCUUUACAGAAUAAGCAACGGGUUAUAUACACUUCGCCAAUUAAAGCACUCAGCAAUCAAAAGUACAGGGAGUUCAAGGAAGAGUUCUCAGAUGUUGGGUUGAUGACUGGGGAUGUAACAAUUGAUCCUAAUGCUUCUUGCUUGGUGAUGACUACAGAAAUCUGGCGUAGUAUGCAGUACAAAGGAUCAGAAAUCACUCGUGAAGUGGCUUGGAUUAUUUUUGAUGAGGUACAUUACAUGCGCGAUCGAGAAAGAGGUGUUGUAUGGGAAGAAAGCAUAGUCAUGGCUCCAAAGAACUCUCGGUUUGUAUUUCUAUCAGCAACCGUUCCAAAUGCUAAGGAAUUUUCUGAUUGGGUUGCAAAGGUUCAUCUUCAACCAUGCCACAUCGUGUAUACUGACUAUAGGCCAACACCCCUUCAACAUUAUAUUUUUCCUGCUGGAGGAGAUGGCCUGUACCUGGUGGUUGAUGAAAAGGGUAAAUUCCGUGAAGAUAGCUUUCAGAAGGCUUUAAAUGCACUUGUUCCUAAGGUGGAGGGUGACAAGAAAAGGGAAAAUGGAAAGUGGCAAAAGGGUUUGGCGAUGGGCAAAGUUGGUGAGGAAAGUGACAUCUUUAAGAUGGUGAAAAUGAUUAUUCAGCACCAAUAUGAUCCUGUCAUACUUUUCUCUUUCAGCAAAAGGGAAUGUGAAUUUCUUGCAAUGCAGAUGGCAAAAAUGGAUCUAAAUGAGGAUGAUGAGAAAGCAAAUGUAGAAACAAUUUUUUGGAGUGCCAUGGACAUGCUUUCGGAUGAUGAUAAGAAGCUACCUCAGGUUUCAAAUAUAUUGCCCCUCUUGAAACGAGGAAUAGGCGUGCAUCAUUCCGGCUUGCUUCCCAUCUUGAAGGAAGUGAUUGAGAUAUUAUUUCAAGAAGGGUUGAUCAAGUGUCUGUUUGCCACAGAGACCUUCAGCAUAGGUCUGAACAUGCCUGCAAAAACUGUUGUUUUUACAAAUGUCCGCAAGUUUGAUGGAGACAAGUUUAGAUGGAUAUCCAGUGGAGAGUACAUACAGAUGAGUGGGCGAGCUGGUCGUCGGGGUAUUGAUGAUCGUGGGAUAUGCAUCCUAAUGGUGGAUGAGAAGCUUGAACCUUCUACUGCUAAAAUGAUGGUGAAAGGAAGUGCUGAUAGUUUGAACAGUGCCUUCCAUCUUAGCUACAACACCCUUUUGAAUCAAAUACGCUGUGAAGAUGGUGAUCCUGAAAAUUUGCUCCGGAAUUCAUUCUAUCAGUUUCAAGCUGACCGUGCUAUCCCCGAUCUUGAGAAACAAGCAAAGAUGCUUGAAAAAGAAAGGGAUUCAAUGAUUGUUGAAGAAGAAGAUAGUGUGCAGAAUUAUUACAAUCUGCUGCAGCAACACAAAAGUCUGAAGAAAGAUGUUCGUGAUAUUGUGUUCUCAUCAAAGUAUUGUGUACCUUAUCUACAAUCUGGGAGGCCUAUAUGCAUUCAAUGCACUCUGGGUGAUGAAUCCCAAUCUUUCACUGUUGAGGACCCAGUAACAUGGGGAGUUAUAGUCAAUUUUGAGAGGGUAAAAAGUCUUAGCGAAGAUGAUUCAAGCAGAAAAUCUGAAGAUGCAAAAUUCACAGUUAGUGUCCUCACCAGAUGUGUGGUGAGUAGGGAGGGAGUUGUCAAAAAGACAAUUAAGAUCGUUCCAUUAAAACAAGCUGGAGAACCCCUUGUUGUUUCGGUUCCUAUUUCCCAGAUUAAGGGCUUAAGUAGUGCUCGCUUAUACAUGGCCAAGGAUCUUUUGCCAUUGGAAACUCGAGAGAAUACGCUGAAGCAGCUUGCAGAAUUUCUUGCAAGAAAUGCUGAUGGGCUGCCCCUGGAUCCUGAAGGAGAUAUGAAGAUCAAAAGUAGUUCAUACAAAAAGGCAGUUCGUAGGAUUGAGGCUUUAGAGCACCUGUUUAAGAAGCAUAAGAUCGCAAAUUCUCCUCUUAUCGUGCAAAAGCUCAAAGUUCUACACACUAAGCAAGAAUUGAAGGCUAAGAUUAAGUCUAUUCAGAAGACAAUGCGUUCUUCGACUGCCUUGGCAUUCAAAGAUGAACUGAAGGCAAGAAAAAGGGUUCUCCGAAGACUGGGAUACAUUACACACGAUGAUGUUGUGGAAUUGAAAGGAAAGGUUGCUUGUGAAAUUAGCAGUGCUGAUGAGCUGACCCUGACAGAGCUCAUGUUUAAUGGCGUUUUAAAGGACAUGAAGGUGGAAGAGAUGGUGUCGCUUCUCUCUUGUUUUGUUUGGCAGGAGAAGCUUCAAAACGCUACAAAGCCUAGAGAGGAACUUGACUUGCUCUUUUCACAGCUGCAGGAUACAGCUAGGAGAGUUGCCAAAGUUCAGCUUGAAUGCAAGGUUCAAAUUGAUGUAGAGAGUUUCGUGAGUUCAUUUCGGCCUGAUAUUAUGGAGGCUGUGUAUGCUUGGGCAAAGGGAUCCAAAUUUUAUGAGAUCAUGGAAAUUACACAGGUUUUUGAGGGUAGCUUGAUCAGGGCAAUUAGGAGACUAGAGGAAGUUCUUCAACAGCUUAUCUUAGCAGCAAAGUCCAUUGGUGAAACAGAGCUUGAAACAAAAUUUGAAGAGGCUGUUUCCAAAAUCAAAAGAGACAUUGUGUUUGCGGCAUCUCUAUACUUGUAGCUCCAUUAGGGUUUGCUUGCUUGCAAGCUUUAGAAUUUGCAUUUGUAUCACUACUAGUUUUUUUUUUCCUGCCAUCAAAUUUUUCAUAGGUAAGCCCCCAGUUUUGCUUUGGAGGGGGUUGUAUGUUUGCUUUGAGCUUGUAGAAGUCCUAGAUGGAGACGGUAACUAGUAAAGAUAUAAUUUAAUAUGUACCCUAAUGGGGGCCCAGAUUGUAAAA